AUGAGCGGAUCGUGUGCUUGUUAUGGUUUGAAUGUCAUGGGCAUGGCACUUUCCACGACCAUGGCAGUUGUCCUCUGUAUCAACUUACUGGGCCUCGCUCAACCACCUACUCGCUCAACCACCUACUCGCUCAACCACCUACUCGCUCAACCACCUACUCGCUCAACCACCUACUCGCUCAACCACCUACUCGCUCAACCACCUACUCGCUCAACCACCUACUCGCUCAACCACCUACUCGCUCAACCACCUACUCGCUCAACCACCUACUCGCUCAACCACCUACUCGCUCAACCACCUACUCGCUCAACCACCUACUCGCUCAACCACCUACUCGCUCAACCACCUACUCGCUCAACCACCUACUCGCUCAACUACCUACUCGCUCAACUACCUACUCGCUCAACCACCUACUCGCUCAACCACCUACUCGCUCAACCACCUACUCGCUCAACCACCUACUCGCUCAACCACCUACUCGCUCAACCACCUACUCGCUCAACCACCUACUCGCUCAACCACCUACUCGCUCAACCACCUACUCGCUCAACCACCUACUCGCUCAACCACCUACUCGCUCAACCACCUACUCGCUCAACUACCUACUCGCUCAACCACCUACUCGCUCAACCACCUACUCGCUCAACCACCUACUCGCUCAACCACCUACUCGCUCAACCACCUACUCGCUCAACCACCUACUCGCUCAACCACCUACUCGCUCAACCACCCUACUCGCUCAACCACCUACUCGCUCAACCACCUACUCGCUCAAACCACCUACUCGCUCAACCACCUACUCGCUCAACCACCUACUCGCUCAACCACCUACUCGCUCAACCACCUACUCGCUCAACCACCUACUCGCUCAACCACCUACUCGCUCAACCACCUACUCGCUCAACCACCUACUCGCUCAACCACCUACUCGCUCAACUACCUACUCGCUCAACCACCUACUCGCUCAACUACCUACUCGCUCAACCACCUACUCGCUCAACCACCUACUCGCUCAACCACCUACUCGCUCAACCACCUACUCGCUCAACCACCUACUCGCUCAACCACCUACUCGCUCAACCACCUACUCGCUCAACCACCUACUCGCUCAACCACCUACUCGCUCAACCACCUACUCGCUCAACCACCUACUCGCUCAACUACCUACUCGCUCAACCACCUACUCGCUCAACCACCUACUCGCUCAACCACCUACUCGCUCAACCACCUACUCGCUCAACCACCUACUCGCUCAACCACCUACUCGCUCAACCACCUACUCGCUCAACCACCUACUCGCUCAACCACCUACUCGCUCAACCACCUACUCGCUCAACCACCUACUCGCUCAACCACCUACUCGCUCAACCACCUACUCGCUCAACCACCUACUCGCUCAACCACCUACUCGCUCAACCACCUACUCGCUCAACCACCUACUCGCUCAACUACCUACUCGCUCAACCACCUACUCGCUCAACCACCUACUCGCUCAACCACCUACUCGCUCAACCACCUACUCGCUCAACCACCUACUCGCUCAACCACCUACUCGCUCAACCACCUACUCGCUCAACCACCUACUCGCUCAACCACCUACUCGCUCAACCACCUACUCGCUCAACCACCUACUCGCUCAACCACCUACUCGCUCAACCACCUACUCGCUCAACCACCUACUCGCUCAACCACCUACUCGCUCAACCACCUACUCGCUCAACCACCUACUCGCUCAACCACCUACUCGCUCAACCACCUACUCGCUCAACCACCUACUCGCUCAACCACCUACUCGCUCAACACCUACUCGCUCAACCACCUACUCGCUCAACCACCUACUCGCUCAACCACCUACUCGCUCAACCACCUACUCGCUCAACCACCUACUCGCUCAACCACCUACUCGCUCAACCACCUACUCGCUCAACCACCUACUCGCUCAACCACCUACUCGCUCAACCACCUACUCGCUCAACCACCUACUCGCUCAACCACCUACUCGCUCAACCACCUACUCGCUCAACCACCUACUCGCUCAACCACCUACUCGCUCAACCACCUACUCGCUCAACCACCUACUCGCUCAACCACCUACUCGCUCAACCACCUACUCGCUCAACCACCUACUCGCUCAACCACCUACUCGCUCAACCACCUACUCGCUCAACCACCUACUCGCUCAACCACCUACUCGCUCAACCACCUACUCGCUCAACCACCUACUCGCUCAACACCUACUCGCUCAACCUACCUACUCGCUCAACCACCUACUCGCUCAACCACCUACUCGCUCAACCACCUACUCGCUCAACCACCUACUCGCUCAACCACCUACUCGCUCAACCACCUACUCGCUCAACACCUACUCGCUCAACCACCUACUCGCUCAACCACCUACUCGCUCAACCACCUACUCGCUCAACCACCUACUCGCUCAACCACCUACUCGCUCAACCACCUACUCGCUCAACCACCUACUCGCUCAACCACCUACUCGCUCAACCACCUACUCGCUCAACCACCUACUCGCUCAACCACCUACUCGCUCAACCACCUACUCGCUCAACCACCUACUCGCUCAACCACCUACUCGCUCAACCACCUACUCGCUCAACCACCUACUCGCUCAACCACCUACUCGCUCAACCACCUACUCGCUCAACCACCUACUCGCUCAACCACCUACUCGCUCAACCACCUACUCGCUCAACCACCUACUCGCUCAACCACCUACUCGCUCAACCACCUACUCGCUCAACCACCUACUCGCUCAACCACCUACUCGCUCAACCACCUACUCGCUCAACCACCUACUCGCUCAACCACCUACUCGCUCAACCACCUACUCGCUCAACUACCUACCGCUCAGCUACCUACUCGCUCAACUACCUACUCGCUCAAACUACCUACUACGCUCAAACUACCUACUCGCUCAACUACCUACUCGCUUCAACUACCUACUCGCUCAACUACCUACUCGCUCAACUACCUACUCGCUCAACUACCUACUCGCUCAACUACCUACUCGCUCAACUACCUACUAGCUCAACUACCUACUUCGCUCAACCUACCUACUCGCUCAACUACCUACUCGCUCAACCUACCUACUCGCUCAACCACCUACUCGCUCAACCACCUACUCGCUCAACCACCUACUCGCUCAACCACCUACUCGCUCAACCACCUACUCGCUCAACCACCUACUCGCUCAACCACCUACUCGCUCAACCACCUACUCGCUCAACCACCUUCUCGCUCAACCACCUACUCGCUCAACCACCUACUCGCUCAACCACCUACUCGCUCAACCACCUACUCGCUCAACCACCUACUCGCUCAACUACCUACUCGCUCAACCACCUACUCGCUCAACUACCUACUCGCUCAACUACCUACUCGCUCAACUACCUACUCGCUCAACUACCUACUCGCUCAACUACCUACUCGCUCAACUACCUACUCGCUCAACUACCUACUCGCUCAACUACCUACUCGCUCAACUACCUACUCGCUCAACCACCUACUCGCUCAACCACCUACUCGCUCAACCACCUACUCGCUCAACCACCUACUCGCUCAACCACCUACUCGCUCAACCACCUACUCGCUCAACCACCUACUCGCUCAACCGCUCAACCACCUACUCGCUCAACCACCUACUCGCUCAACCACCUACUCGCUCAACCACCUACUCGCUCAACCACCUACUCGCUCAACCACCUACUCGCUCAACCUACCUACUCGCUCAACUACCUACUCGCUCAACUACCUACUCGCUCAACUACCUACUCGCUCAACUCCUACUCGCUCAACUACCUACUCGCUCAACUACCUACUCGCUCAACUACCUACUCGCUCAACUACCUACUCGCUCAACUACCUACUCGCUCAACUACCUACUCGCUCAACUACCUACUCGCUCAACCACCUACUCGCUCAACCACCUACUCGCUCAACCACCUACUCGCUCAACCACCUACUCGCUCAACCACCUACUCGCUCAACCACCUACUCGCUCAACCACCUACUCGCUCAAACACCUACUCGCUCAACCACCUACUCGCUCAACCACCUACUCGCUCAACCACCUACUCGCUCAACCACCUACUCGCUCAACUACCUACUCGCUCAACCACCUACUCGCUCAACUACCUACUCGCUCAACUACCUACUCGCUCAACUACCUACUCGCUCAACUACCUACUCGCUCAACUACCUACUCGCUCAACUACCUACUCGCUCAACUACCUACUCGCUCAACUACCUACUCGCUCAACUACCUACUCGCUCAACUACCUACUCGCUCAACUACCUACUCGCUCAACUACCUACUCGCUCAACUACCUACUCGCUCAACUACCUACUCGCUCAACUACCUACUCGCUCAACUACCUACUCGCUCAACCACCUACUCGCUCAACCACCUACUCGCUCAACCACCUACUCGCUCAACCACCUACUCGCUCAACCACCUACUCGCUCAACCACCUACUCGCUCAACCACCUACUCGCUCAACCACCUACUCGCUCAACCACCUACUCGCUCAACCACCUACUCGCUCAACCACCUACUCGCUCAACCACCUACUCGCUCAACUACCUACUCGCUCAACUACCUACUCGCUCAACUACCUACUCGCUCAACUACCUACUCGCUCAACUACCUACUCGCUCAACUACCUACUCGCUCAACCACCUACUCGCUCAACCACCUACUCGCUCAACCACCUACUCGCUCAACCACCUACUCGCUCAACCACCUACUCGCUCAACCACCUACUCGCUCAACCACCUACUCGCUCAACCACCUACUCGCUCAACCACCUACUCGCUCAACCACCUACUCGCUCAACUACCUACUCGCUCAACUACCUACUCGCUCAACUACCUACUCGCUCAACUACCUACUCGCUCAACUUCCUACUCGCUCAACUACCUACUCGCUCAACUACCUACUCGCUCAACUACCUACUCGCUCAACUACCUACUCGCUCAACUACCUACUCGCUCAACUACCUACUCGCUCAACCUACCUACUCGCUCAACCACCUACUCGCUCAACCACCUACUCGCUCAACCACCUACUCGCUCAACCACCUACUCGCUCAACCACCUACUCGCUCAACCACCUACUCGCUCAACCACCUACUCGCUCAAACACCUACUCGCUCAACCACCUACUCGCUCAACCACCUACUCGCUCAACCACCUACUCGCUCAACCACCUACUCGCUCAACUACCUACUCGCUCAACCACCUACUCGCUCAACUACUCGCUCAACUACCUACUCGCUCAACUACCUACUCGCUCAACUACCUACUCGCUCAACUACCUACUCGCUCAACUACCUACUCGCUCAACUACCUACUCGCUCAACUACCUACUCGCUCAACUACCUACUCGCUCAACUACCUACUCGCUCAACUACCUACUCGCUCAACUACCUACUCGCUCAACUACCUACUCGCUCAACUACCUACUCGCUCAACUACCUACUCGCUCAACUACCUACUCGCUCAACCACCUACUCGCUCAACCACCUACUCGCUCAACCACCUACUCGCUCAACCACCUACUCGCUCAACCACCUACUCGCUCAACCACCUACUCGCUCAACCACCUACUCGCUCAACCACCUACUCGCUCAACCACCUACUCGCUCAACCACCUACUCGCUCAACCACCUACUCGCUCAACCACCUACUCGCUCAACCACCUACUCGCUCAACCACCUACUCGCUCAACUACCUACUCGCUCAACUACCUACUCGCUCAACUACCUACUCGCUCAACUACCUACUCGCUCAACUACCUACUCGCUCAACUACCUACUCGCUCAACUACCUACUCGCUCAACUACCUACUCGCUCAACUGCCUACUCGCUCAACUGCCUACUCGCUCAACUACCUACUCGCUCAACCACCUACUCGCUCAACCACCUACUCGCUCAACCACCUACUCGCUCAACCACCUACUCGCUCAACCACCUACUCGCUCAACCACCUACUCGCUCAACCACCUACUCGCUCAACUACCUACUCGCUCAACUACCUACUCGCUCAACUACCUACUCGCUCAACUACCUACUCGCUCAACUACCUACUCGCUCAACUACCUACUCGCUCAACUACCUACUCGCUCAACUACCUACUCGCUCAACUACCUACUCGCUCAACCACCUACUCGCUCAACCACCUACUCGCUCAACCACCUACUCGCUCAACCACCUACUCGCUCAACCACCUACUCGCUCAACCACCUACUCGCUCAACCACCUACUCGCUCAACCACCUACUCGCUCAACCACCUACUCGCUCAACCACCUACUCGCUCAACCACCUACUCGCUCAACCACCUACUCGCUCAACCACCUACUCGCUCAACCACCUACUCGCUCAACCACCUACUCGCUCAACCACCUACUCGCUCAACCACCUACUCGCUCAACCACCUACUCGCUCAACCACCUACUCGCUCAACUACCUACUCGCUCAACUACCUACUCGCUCAACUACCUACUCGCUCAACUACCUACUCGCUCAACUACCUACUUGCUCAACUACCUACUCGCUCAACUACCUACUCGCUCAACUACCUACUCGCUCAACUACCUACUCGCUCAACCACCUACUCGCUCAACCACCUACUCGCUAAACCACCUACUCGCUCAACCACCUACUCGCUCAACCACCUACUUGCUCAACCACCUACUCGCUCAACCACCUACUCGCUCAACCACCUACUCGCUCAACCACCAACUCGCUCAACCACCUACUCGCUCAACCACCUACUCGCUCAACCACCUACUCGCUCAACCACCUACUCGCUCAACCACCUACUCGCUCAACCACCUACUCGCUCAACUACCUACUCGCUCAGCUACCUACUUGCUCAACUACCUACUCGCUCAACUACCUACACGCUCAACUACCUACUCGCUCAACUACCUACUCGCUCAACUACCUACUCGCUCAACUACCUACUCGCUCAACUACCUACUCGCUCAACUACCUACUCGCUCAACUACCUACUCGCUCAACUACCUACUAGCUCAACUACCUACUCGCUCAACUACCUACUCGCUCAACUACCUACUCGCUCAACUACCUACUUGCUCAACUACCUACUCGCUCAACUACCUACUCGCUCAACUACCUACUCGCUCAACUACCUACUCCCUCAACCACCUACUCGCUCAACCACCUACUCGCUCAACCACCUACUCGCUCAACCACCUACUCGCUCAACCACCUACUUGCUCAACCACCUACUCGCUCAACCACCUACUCGCUCAACCACCUACUCGCUCAACCACCUACUCGCUCAACCACCUACUCGCUCAACCACCUACUCGCUCAACCACCUACUCGCUCAACCACCUACUCGCUCAACCACCUACUCGCUCAACCACCUACUCGCUCAACUACCUACUCGCUCAGCUACCUACUUGCUCAACUACCUACUCGCUCAACUACCUACACGCUCAACUACCUACUCGCUCAACUACCUACUCGCUCAACUACCUACUCGCUCAACUACCUACUCGCUCAACUACCUACUCGCUCAACUACCUACUCGCUCAACUACCUACUCGCUCAACUACCUACUAGCUCAACUACCUACUCGCUCAACUACCUACUCGCUCAACUACCUACUCGCUCAACUACCUACUCGCUCAACCACCUACUCGCUCAACCACCUACUCGCUCAACUACCUACUCGCUCAACUACCUACUCGCUCAACUACCUACUCGCUCAACUACCUACUCGCUCAACUACCUACUCGCUCAACUACCUACUCGCUCAACUACCUACUCGCUCAACUACCUACUCGCUCAACUACCUACUCGCUCAACUACCUACUCGCUCAACUACCUACUCGCUCAACUACCUACUCGCUCAACUACCUACUCGCUCAACUACCUACUCGCUCAACUACCUACUCGCUCAACCACCUACUCGCUCAACCACCUACUCGCUCAACCACCUACUCGCUCAACCACCUACUCGCUCAACCACCUACUCGCUCAACCACCUACUCGCUCAACCACCUACUCGCUCAACCACCUACUCGCUCAACCACCUACUCGCUCAACCACCUACUCGCUCAACCACCUACUCGCUCAACCACCUACUCGCUCAACUACCUACUCGCUCAACUACCUACUCGCUCAACUACCUACUCGCUCAACUACCUACUCGCUCAACUACCUACUCGCUCAACUACCUACUCGCUCAACUACCUACUCGCUCAACCACCUACUCGCUCAACCACCUACUCGCUCAACCACCUACUCGCUCAACCACCUACUCGCUCAACCACCUACUCGCUCAACCACCUACUCGCUCAACCACCUACUCGCUCAACCACCUACUCGCUCAACCACCUACUCGCUCAACCACCUACUCGCUCAACUACCUACUCGCUCAACUACCUACUCGCUCAACUACCUACUCGCUCAACUACCUACUCGCUCAACUACCUACUCGCUCAACUACCUACUCGCUCAACUACCUACUCGCUCAACUACCUACUCGCUCAACCUACCUACUCGCUCAACCACCUACUCGCUCAACCACCUACUCGCUCAACCACCUACUCGCUCAACCACCUACUCGCUCAACCACCUACUCGCUCAACCACCUACUCGCUCAAACCACCUACUCGCUCAACCACCUACUCGCUCAACCACCUACUCGCUCAACCACCUACUCGCUCAACCACCUACUCGCUCAACCACCUACUCGCUCAACCACCUACUCGCUCAACUACCUACUCGCUCAACCUACCUACUCGCUCAACUACCUACUCGCUCAACUACCUACUCGCUCAACUACCUACUCGCUCAACUACCUACUCGCUCAACUACCUACUCGCUCAACUACCUACUCGCUCAACUACCUACUCGCUCAACUACCUACUCGCUCAACUACCUACUCGCUCAACUACCUACUCGCUCAACUACCUACUCGCUCAACUACCUACUCGCUCAACUACCUACUCGCUCAACUACCUACUCGCUCAACUACCUACUCGCUCAACUACCUACUCGCUCAACCACCUACUCGCUCAACCACCUACUCGCUCAACCACCUACUCGCUCAACCACCUACUCGCUCAACCACCUACUCGCUCAACCACCUACUCGCUCAACCACCUACUCGCUCAACCACCUACUCGCUCAACCACCUACUCGCUCAACCACCUACUCGCUCAACUACCUACUCGCUCAACUACCUACUCGCUCAACUACCUACUCGCUCAACUACCUACUCGCUCAACUACCUACUCGCUCAACUACCUACUCGCUCAACUACCUACUCGCUCAACUACCUACUCGCUCAACUACCUACUCGCUCAACUGCCUACUCGCUCAACUGCCUACUCGCUCAACUACCUACUCGCUCAACCACCUACUCGCUCAACCACCUACUCGCUCAACCACCUACUCGCUCAACCACCUACUCGCUCAACCACCUACUCGCUCAACCACCUACUCGCUCAACUACCUACUCGCUCAACUACCUACUCGCUCAACUACCUACUCGCUCAACUACCUACUCGCUCAACUACCUACUCGCUCAACUACCUACUCGCUCAACUACCUACUCGCUCAACUACCUACUCGCUCAACUACCUACUCGCUCAACUACCUACUCGCUCAACCACCUACUCGCUCAACCACCUACUCGCUCAACCACCUACUCGCUCAACCACCUACUCGCUCAACCACCUACUCGCUCAACCACCUACUCGCUCAACCACCUACUCGCUCAACCACCUACUCGCUCAACCACCUACUCGCUCAACCACCUACUCGCUCAACCACCUACUCGCUCAACCACCUACUCGCUCAACCACCUACUCGCUCAACCACCUACUCGCUCAACCACCUACUCGCUCAACCACCUACUCGCUCAACCACCUACUCGCUCAACUACCUACUCGCUCAACUACCUACUCGCUCAACUACCUACUCGCUCAACUACCUACUCGCUCAACUACCUACUCGCUCAACUACCUACUCGCUCAACUACCUACUCGCUCAACUACCUACUCGCUCAACUACCUACUCGCUCAACUACCUACUCGCUCAACCACCUACUCGCUCAACCACCUACUCGCUCAACCACCUACUCGCUCAACCACCUACUCGCUCAACCACCUACUUGCUCAACCACCUACUCGCUCAACCACCUACUCGCUCAACCACCUACUCGCUCAACCACCAACUCGCUCAACCACCUACUCGCUCAACCACCUACUCGCUCAACCACCUACUCGCUCAACCACCUACUCGCUCAACCACCUACUCGCUCAACCACCUACUCGCUCAACUACCUACUCGCUCAGCUACCUACUUGCUCAACUACCUACUCGCUCAACUACCUACACGCUCAACUACCUACUCGCUCAACUACCUACUCGCUCAACUACCUACUCGCUCAACUACCUACUCGCUCAACUACCUACUCGCUCAACUACCUACUCGCUCAACUACCUACUCGCUCAACUACCUACUAG